AUGCCGCCGCCCCGGCGCCUCCCUCCGCCGCCGCCGCCCCGGGGUGCCCCAGCGGCUCUCCCGCGCCCCUCACCCUGCGCCAGGCGCCGCCAGGCACUCGCCACUUCCGGCCUUCCACCCGGAAGCGCCGCCGAGCAGUCCCCGCGCGCUUCCGGCUCCCGGGGGAAGCUUGGCGGCGGCGAGUCCUUCCGCUUCCGGUCCGUGCCCUUGCCCGUCCGUGCGGCGGCGGCGGGAUGGGCGGGCGGCGCUCGGUGGCGGCUCGGGGCGCCGCGACCUUCACGCGUGUCCAUUCUGUCCUCAGCUGGUGCGGGCCCGGCGGCGGCGGCGCAGACCCGGCUGGCGGGGGGCUCGGCGGCGGAGACGCGCCCUACUGUCAGACCGAAAAAUGAAGUAGAACAGAAGCAGCUCUGUGCAUUUGGGGAGUAUGUGGCUGAGAUCCUGCCCAAGUAUAUCCAGCAAGUACAGGUGACCUGUUUCAAUGAGUUGGAGCUUUUGAUUCAUCCAGAUGGGAUUAUUCCAGUUCUGACCUUCCUCCGAGAUCAUACUAAUGCUCAGUUCAAGUCCUUGGCUGACUUGACUGCUGUUGAUGUCCCAUCUCGGCAGUACCGCUUCGAGAUUGUUUACAAUCUCCUGUCUCUGCGAUUCAACAGUCGGAUCCGUGUGAAAACAUACACUGAUGAGCUGACACCUAUUGACUCAGCAGUGUCUGUGCACAAAGCAGCAAACUGGUAUGAAAGAGAGGUUUGGGACAUGUAUGGUGUUUUCUUUGCCAACCAUCCUGAUCUAAGGCGAAUCCUCACAGACUAUGGGUUUGAAGGCCAUCCUUUCCGGAAGGACUUUCCACUCUCUGGUUAUGUAGAGGUGCGGUAUGACGAUGAAGUGAAACGGGUAGUGGCAGAACCUGUGGAAUUAUCUCAGGAAUUUCGCAAGUUUGAUCUGAAUAGCCCUUGGGAAGCAUUUCCUGCUUAUCGUGCACCUCCAGAACCCCUGAAAAUAGAAGCUGGAGCCAAGAAGGAAGAUGCAAAAUAGCAGCAGAAUGGAGCGGGUGCAUGGCACCAUCCUUUCUGUUCAAAUGUAAUAUUUAUAGUAAUAAAAGUUGUUAUGAGACUCUG